AUGAAGACAGAAAAUAUCAAUACAGCAAAUAUACUCACUGGAAACUUAGCUUCAGAAAACAUAUUCACAGAAAUUCAAAGCUAAGAAAAAAAUAUUCCAGUCGAUUUGACUUUUAAGAACCUUAAUUAUGGUGUAGAUAUUAAAGGAAAUCACAGACCUAUAUUGAAAAAUGUCAGCGGUAUUUUCAAAUAAGGUACUGUCACUGCUAUCCUCGGUGCUAGUGGUGGUGGUAAAACAUCUUUGCUCAAUGUCCUUUCUCAAAAAAUAAGACCAAAAUCUGGUGUUAAGGUUGAAGGUGAUAUCAAGGCAAAUGGCAAAACUUUUAAUAAUGAAACAUUCAACUAAUUCUCUGCAUAUGUUAUGUAAAAUGAUAUUCUUCUUGAAACAUUGACUGCAAAAGAAUGUAUUAAAUUUGCUGCUGAUUUCAAACUCGAAGGCACUGAAGAAUACAAGUAAUAGAAGGUUGAUUAAAUGAUUAAGCUAUUGAAGCUUGGUAAAUGUUAGAAUUCCUUGAUUGGUGGUCAAUUCUUAAAAGGUAUAUCAGGUGGUGAAAGAAAGAGAGUCAACAUAGGUUGCGAACUCAUCACUGAGCCAUCAGUUCUUUUCUUAGAUGAACCCACUUCAGGUUUAGACUCUUUCACUGCUUAUAUUGUCAUUAGCGCUUUAAGAGACUAUGCAAAAUAAUACAACAAGACAGUCAUUAUGAGUAUCCAUUCACCUAGUACUGAUAUAUGGAAUUUGUUUGAUAAUAUCAUUCUUUUGGUUUAAGGUAGAAUGAUUUAUCAAGGUACUUAAACUGAUAUUCUUCCUUAUUUCAAGAGUAUUGGCUUCGAAUGUCCUACUAAUAUGUGUCCUGGUGAUUACUUAAUGAAUUACAUGACAUGGAAUGAAGAAAAUGAAAAGAUUUUCCCUCACUUCUAUGAAUAAUACGACUAAAGAAUCGAACCUAGAAUCCAAUAAGAAAUUAAUUCAAUUAAAGAAACAGUUAUCCCAUUAAAAGAUGUUGUUACUACAUACUGGUUCCAAAUCAAGAAAAUUGCUGAAAGAACCAUCAUCUCUACCAAGAGAAACCCCCUCCUUUUCAAAUCUCGUGUCUAUCAAACUAUAGUCAUGAGUUUAUUCAUUGGUUUGGUCUUCUUAAAUCAAGAUCAAAUUACAAAGAAUAGUACAAAUGUUGAAAUACAAAAUAGAAUAGGUGUGCUUUUCUUAACUGGUAUGGCUAUGUUCAUGAAAUCCCUUAAUGGUGUACUACUUUCCUUCCCAGCUGAAAGAGAAGUAUUCUUAAAAGAAGAAAAUUCUAAAUAUUACUCUACUUUCUCUUAUCUUGUUGGUAGACUCACUCUCGAAUAUGCUUAAAUUACUAUUUAUCCUUUUAUCAAUGCUAUUUUUGUCUAUUUCAUGGUUGGUUUGAACACAACUAAUGCUGGAUUGUUUUUCUACUUUGUAUUCGUCAAUGUUUUACUUAGUUAUGUUGGUAAUGCACUCGGUUUAAUUUGUGGUACAGUUUUUACCAAUCCCAGAACAGCUUCUGCUCUUCAACCCAUUUUCAAAUUACCUUUCGUUCUUUUCGCUGGUUUCUAUAAAAAUAGAAGUGAUUAUGCUACUUGGAUUGGUUGGAUUUAAUACCUUUCUCCCUUCACAUAUGCUCUUGAAGGUUUGGUAACUAAUGAAUUGGAAUUCACUGAAACUCCUUAUGACAUAUUGUCUGCUAAUGACUUUAGCAUUGGUAAAUGGAACUGUGUAUACAUUAUUAUGGGUCUCUUUGUUUUUUACCAAUGCUUAGCUGCUUUCUGUCUUUACUAAAAAAGAGGUACUCUUUAAUGA